AUGGUUCAGUCACCGAUGCUUGCCUGUCCGCUCAAGCAGACCAACGAGAUUGAUUGGAUCCAGCCCCUCAAGGAUUACAUCCGGCAGACCUAUGGCGAGGACCCCGAGCGCUAUGCCUCAGAAUGUACAACCCUCAACCGCCUCCGCCAGGAUAUGAGAGGUGCCGGAAAUGAUAGCGCCACCGGACGCGAUCUGCUGUACCGAUACUACGGACAACUGGAGCUAUUAGACCUUCGGUUCCCCGUCGACGAGAAUCAUAUCAAGAUCUCGUUCUCAUGGUACGAUGCGUUUACUCAUAAACCCACCUCCCAAUACUCCCUGGCCUUCGAGAAAGCAUCCAUCAUCUUCAAUAUUUCCGCCGUCCUUUCCUGCCACGCCGCCAACCAGAACCGGGCCGAGGAUGUCGGCGUCAAGACUGCAUACCAUUCUUUCCAGGCAUCCGCGGGUAUGUUUACGUAUAUCAAUGAGAAUUUCUUGCAUGCGCCUUCGACCGAUCUGAACCGGGACACGGUCAAGACAUUGAUACAUGUGACACUUGCCCAGGCGCAAGAGGUGUUCCUCGAGAAACAGAUCGCAGAUGGGAAAAAGCCUGGAUUCCUGGCCAAGUUGGCAGGCCAGGCUGCCUACUUGUACGCCCAGGCGGCGGAAACAAUGCAGGACUUCGUGAGCAAGAACGUCUUCGAUAAGGUGUGGUCGAUUGUAGUGCAGGCGAAGGGGGCGCAUAUGAGCUCCGUUGCAUCCUAUUAUCAGGCCAUUGCUGACAGCGAGAGCAACUCACAUGGAGUUGCUAUUGCGCGACUGCAACUAGCUGAAAAGCAGUCUACAACUGCUCUGACCUGGGCCAAGUCAUUCCCCUCUUCGGCUCCCGCAACCUCGAAUUUGCCAGCUGAGGCGGGAGCCAACCUGGUCGACAUUGUCAAGCAUAACCAGGCCAAUGUGCAGUCUCAACUGGCUACUUUGAUCAAGGAUAACGACUUUAUCUAUCAUCAACCCGUGCCAAAUGAAGCGGGACUCUCACCCGUUGCCAAGCUUCCGGCCGCUAAGGCGAUCCCGGUCAGCGAGCUAUACCAAGGGCAAGAUAUUCAGCGCAUUAUUGGUCCUGAUAUUUUCCAAAAGCUGGUUCCUAUGUCUGUCACAGAGACGGCUAGUUUGUAUGACGAGGAGAAGGCCAAGCUGAUCCGCGCAGAAACCGAAAAGGUUGAGACUGCCAAUGGUGAGAUGGCUGCCAGUUUAGAUUACUUGAAACUUCCCGGCAGUCUUAACAUUCUCAAGGGUGGAAUGGACCAAGAAAUGACAGUGGACGAGGAGUUUCGCCGCUGGUGCUCAGAGCUUGCUGGACAUACAUCAUUCCAUCGGGCCUUUGAUGAGCUGCAGGAACGCAAGACGGAAGUCCUGUCGCAGUUGGAUCAAUGCUCGAAGCAGUUGGAUUUGGAAGAGAGCGUAUGUGAGAAGAUGCGCUCUAAGUAUGGUGGUGAUUGGAGUCAGCAGCCCAGUGGUCGCUUGAACACUACCCUCCGAGGAGAUGUUCGCACCUACAGAGAUACCAUUAGCGAAGCCAGCGCUAGUGAUACCCAGCUGUCAUCCACACUGCGACAAUACGAGGGAGACUUUGAUCAGAUGCGCUCUGCAGGAGAAACGGAUGAAGCCGAUGUGCUCUUCCAGCAGGCCCUUAUCAAGGCUGGUUCCAAGCAUAAUAAAGGUAAAAACGGGGUCAGCAGCCCUGCCGAAGGCAGUCUCUUAGACGACGUCUAUAACGAGGGUAGUGCUUCCGUUGCGGGACAGAUCGCUAAGGUGGAGGAUAUCUUGAAAAAGCUCAACCUUGUGAAGAGGGAGCGGUCCCAAGUACUUAAGGAUCUUAAAGAGAAGAUUCACACCGACGAUAUAUCAAAUGUGUUGAUUCUGAACAAGAAGUCCAUCACAGGCCAGGAAACCCAACUUUUUGAAGCCGAGCUAGAAAAGUUCCGGCCCCAUCAGAACCGCCUGUUACAGGCGAACCACAAGCAGUCUUCUUUGAUGAAAGAACUUACUAAGACGUACGCCGACUUGCUGCAGGAUAAGCGAGUGCAAUCUGAACAAUCCAAGUAUGAGGGUAUCACACGCCAAAGAAAUACCGUGAUGGCUCGAUACAAAAAAGUAUAUGAGGCAUUCAAUGGCCUUUCGUCGGGUAUUGUCCAGGCUCGAACCUUCUACAAAGAUAUGGGCGAGAAUGUCGAGAGCCUACGGAAGAAUGUCGAAACAUUCAUUAGCAACCGUCGAUCCGAGGGAGCCCAGCUUUUGAGCCAAAUUGAGCGCGAGAAGGCGGGUGGUGUCUCCGAACAUGAGGACCAGGAACGAGAGAAGCUCCGUCAGCUGAUGGAGCGUCUGUCGACAGAGCCGAAGCCACCAGCAACUUCGCCAUUGACAAGACCCCCCACAGCCCCUGGAAAGGUGAAGUCGCCGCCACCUGCAGUUCAAACCCCAGCAUAUGGAACAGGUCCGUCUCCAAAGCCAUCGCCUCGCUACCCACCGACCAUGGCACCCCCGCACGGUGUUCCUCUAUCGCAUUCCCCAGCGCCUUACGGACAAUACAUGGGCAACCCAGGCAUGCCAUACGCCCAACAGCCUUUCCAGCAGGGUGCCGCCGCCCCGCUCUCCGAAGGCUACAAUCCCAUGGCAUAUCCAUAUCAAACACCUGUCUCUCCACCCCCGAAUCAGCAGUUCUUUUCCCAAACCCCAACCCCAUACGGGUACCCCAGUGCCAGUCCUGCGCCUUCCGCUGCUACAGCCGGAACUCCAUCGCACUAUAUGACUCCACAGGGCUACAUUCCUCCCCCGCCCCCUCCACGCCCUCAACAACCCAGCUACCCACCCACAACCGGCGCUUAUCCCUCCGGACCUGGCGGGUAUGCUGCCCCGCCCAGAGGGUACCCACACAGCAAGACCCCUUCUCAAUCCCAGCCCCAGUCAUCUGCUACCAAUGAUCCCUGGUCCGGGCUCAAUGCCUGGAAAUAG